UAAAGGUUGGGAGAACAGCUUCCCAAGAUGCUGGUUCAUCGCACUUUUGAGAGCCUUGCCCAAUUACCGAACUCUCAAUCGCGUUCGUUAUGAAGUGUACUUGCUCAGCUGUCGUGGCUGCGGCCCUUUUGGUGGGAUCUGUCUCCGCGCAGACAUUCCGCCGUCUGGGAGCUUGCCCAACGCUUGGUUGCGUUUUCCCUCCUGACCAGGCCGACUUUCUCGCUGGCCAGUACUUUGAUAUCCGUCUGGAGGUUCACCAGCCCAGAAAUGGAUCCGAGUUCAUCGGUCUACCUCUGGAUGAGCAAUUUACCUUCACUCUUGGAAAGAAGGGCGAAGAGGCCAAACCAGUGACAGAGUUCUUCAACCUCGAAGAACCAAAACUGGAGAAGUGGAACUUCACAUGGUACGAAGACCUGUUCGCCCGCGACGCGAAGAAGCCGUCCCUUGUCAAUGUCGCAGCCAAGGCGUACCGCCGCAUUGCUCUUUACGAGCCUGGCGAGUACACUGCUACUCUCAGCUACAACAACGGCAGCAAGACGGAAGCCACCUGGCUCGUUCGCGAUCUGGCUGAGGAACGCAAGGCGAAGAACAUUGUUCUCUUCAUUGGUGACGGAAUGACUACGAACAUGAUUACUGCUGCUCGUUUGAUUGGCCACAAGCAGAUCAAUGGCAAAUACCAAUCCACCAUGGCCAUGGACAAGUUCCCUGUCGUUGGUCACCAGAUGACCCACUCGAUCGACAGCUUCAUUACUGAUUCCGCCAACUCUGCUGCUGCGCUCAACACCGGUCACAAGUCAACGGUCAACUGUUUGAACGUCUACGCGGACAGCAGCAAGGAUCCAUUUGACGACCCAAAGGUUGAGAGCAUCGCUGAGAUCUUCCACCGUCUUACAGGAGGUCACGUGGGUAUCGUAUCGACUGCCUACAUUGCCGAUGCUACUCCUGCUGCUUUGGUGUCGCACACCCGUCUUCGUAGCCAGUACGGUGCUAUUGUUGAUACUUACCUGAAUGGCGUCCAGAAUUACACCUGGACCAAGGUUCCUCUUGAUGUCAUCUUCGGUGGCGGCGCCGAGCAGUUUUACCCAUCUGAGCUUGGAGGCGUUACCUACCAGGACAAGAACUACUACGAUGAGUUUGCCGCGCAGGAUUACCAGAUUAUCCAAAACCGCACUGCUCUCCUAUCUGCCAGCAAUGAGGACAAGGCUCUUGGUAUCUUCACCACCUCCAACAUGGCCAAGUGGCUCGACCGCAACGUCUACCGUGAUAACCUCAACCAGUCGCUCUCCCCAACCGGAGACGAGACACCCGCUCUUGACCAGCCUGGUCUCAAGGAGAUGACCCUCAAGGCUAUUGAUAUCCUCGAGGCUCGCUCCGGAGACAAAGGAUGGUUCCUCAUGUCCGAAGCCGCCAGCAUCGACAAGAUGAUGCACGCCCUCGACUACGACCGCGCGCUUGGUGAACUUCUCGAACUCGACGACACGGUAAAGGCCACUAUUGCCCACCUCAACUCUACAGACUGCCUCAAGGAAACCCUGAUCCUCGUCACAGCCGACCACGGCCACGGUUUCGACGUCAUGGGCUCAGUCGACACCCACUACCUAGCAGCGCAAAACGUCGACCGCAAGAAGCGCGACGCAAUCGGCACCUACGAGCAAUCCGGUGAAUCCCAAUACAUCAACACCGGCAACCUGACCUACACGGACUCCAACUUCCCAUCCAACUGGGACCCGCGCUACACGCUCUUCCAAGGCCUAAUGGCCGACCCCGAUCGCCGCGAAAACUGGUCCGUCCACAAAGACGGGCCCCGCACUCCCGCCGUGGAGCUUGAAGAAGACAGCGGCGACAACUACGUCAACCCCGAAGAUGGCGAGGGCGGUAUCUUGCUCAACGGUACUCUGCCCAUUGAGAAUGACCAGGGUGUGCAUUCUUUGACUGAUGUGCCUGUAUAUGCCAUGGGCCCUUGCAAGGAGUUGUUCCAAGGGACGUAUAACAGUAUUGACAUCUUUUACAAUAUGGCUGAAUGCUUUGGAUUGGGAAGGGGCGAGCCGAGUGCUGAGAAGUAGGGAGAUGUUUGAGGUGCAUUGACGACGGGAUGAAUGAUGUUGUAGUAGUAGUAGAACGUAUGACUACACCUAGUGUAGCUAUAAUGAAUGUUUAAUC